UGACAGAGAAAGUGCUUUGCUCUUCCAGGCACGAGACGGAUGCCUGCAGACGGACUGCGCCCAGACAUAUGGACUGCCGAAGAAAUAUUAGACUGGGCAGACGCUACCAUGAAGCCGCGCCAUAAAACCGAAAACGAAAGAGCGUCAGAGUGGCUCAGACGAGCGCUGCGCCGCCUGGCCGAAUGGGGCAAUUCAAAAUUUGACAAAAAGAGCGAUCACUUUGGAAUAUUGUCCCCAAGCCAAUGCUAAAUUGAAAGACCACAGCGCACCCGUGACUUCAUUAGGAAGUUUCUACUCGUGUUUCUACUUUUCUACCAGUCGACACUACGGGCCGGCUACGUAGCCAUCAAGGUAGCCAUCAGGAGUCUGGCAUUGCACUUGUGUGCAGACGCUUGUGCUCUGCGUGUAACUACGAAUUACUGAUGUUUACUGCAAACUUAUGUUCAUUAUCUCGUCGUUAUGUACGACAACAGUUUGUUCAGAGCAGACGACAGCUUUCUUCCCUGCCAUGGUUUAGAAAUAGCAACAGAGCAGCCGACGAACGUGUCAGGCUGUGCGACCCGUUGCAAAGACUCCCUGUCGUUUCAAGUCCGCAAAUUCGCUACUCCGAAGUGGCGAAACGAAGGCAAGAGCUUAUCGAGAAAGAGCAGUGGACUAUUAUAUUCAAGUAUCCUCACAUCCAUCGAGUUAGCUUCUUCUGCCGACUGAAGGUGUAUCAGACUUGCUUUACGCUGUUGAUGGGACCCACAUUUCUGCUGACGGAAUAUUUCAAACUUGUGGAGACUGAAUUAUCUACGGCUGUUCUGUGUUCCUCUCUCCUAGCCUGUCUGGUUAUGCUAGUGAUUGGAAAUUUCGCCGAACGCAUCGUAGGUAUACUUUAUCUCAAUGAAGAUCGUAGCAAGAUCCGAGUGGCGCAUCUCACAUUUUUCGGCCACAGAACGGACGAAAUUUUGAACACCCAAGACGUUGCACACUUUUCGGAUAUUGGUGAGAAAUGGGACGACAUUUUGGUGAAGGUCCAUCGACACAACCGCCCCGAGCAUCCCUUCUUCCUGUCAUUGCGCCAUGGUGGCAUUGUAGAUAGGGAAUUGUUUGAACAAGUUUUUGGUCAGGACGAAAGGUUCCCGACGUGAGUGAUUCUUUCGUCGUGCUACUGUGUAGACGUUGAAGCAAGUAAUAAAGUAGGUUUGGAACUCUC